GCGCCGCGGGGCGGGGAGCGAGGGCGACGGAGGGAUCGCGGAUCCGGAGCCCGGCGCGGCCGUAACGGCCCCUCGGUGUCCCGUCAUGGCGGGGGCCGGCGCCAGCAGCAGGGACAAGCGGGCGACGGCGGCGCGGCUGAAGGCGGCGCUGGGUGGCGAGAGCGGCGCGGCGGCGGCGGCGGAGCUGCGGACGCUGCUGGAGCUGGUGCUGGCCCCGGCGGCGGGCCCUGGCGGUGGCGAGGCGGCGGGCGAGGCGCUGGAGUGGUGCCGCUGCCUGCUGUCGGGCGGGGAGCCUUGGGACAGCUUCGUGCAAGCCGUGCGGGCCUACGACCCCGCCACGCUAUGCGGCCUGGUUUGGACCGCCAACUUCGUGGCCUACCGGUGCCGGACGUGCGGGAUCUCGCCUUGCAUGAGCCUGUGCGCCGAAUGCUUCCACCAGGGCGAGCACGCCGGGCACGACUACAACAUGUUCCGGAGCCAGGCGGGGGGCGCCUGCGACUGCGGCGACAGCAACGUCAUGCGGGAGGCCGGGUUUUGUAAAAGACACCGGAUUAAAUCCAACUCAAAUGUUCCAUGUGUUCCAAAAGACUUGUUGAUGAUGUCAGAAUUAGUUCUUCCACAGUUCAUCUUUAGUCUGAUUCAGCAUUUAAGAGAGGGAUAUAAUGAGCCUGCUCUUGAUCUGCCGUCAGAGAAAGACCUUCAUAAAGUUCUCCAGGUUUUGGAGCCUCAUGUUUCCUUCCUAGAAGACUUGACCAAAAUGGGAGGUGCAAUGAGAUCAGUUCUUACCCAGGUUUUAACUAGCCAACAGUUCUAUAAAGAUCUUAGCUCUGGUGUUGGAGAGAAUGCAUGUGCAAAGAAAAGUCAUGAAAAGUACCUCAUUGCUUUGAAAGGCUCUGGGUUGGCAUUUCCUGAGGAUAAAAUUGCAUGUAAUAUGCAGGAACAAGGAGCUGGAACUAGCACAUUAUCUGUUCAAGGUUUGGCAGGUGGUACGGCAACAUCUGGACAAGGGGAUUCUUCAGAUGAGGAGGACCAGGAUGGUAGCCAAGGUGUGGGAAAGCGCAAGAGGGUGAAACUAAGCAGCACCACCAAAGAUCAGUCUAUCAUGGAUGUUUUGAAGCAUAAAUGUUUUCUAGAAGAAUUAUUAUUUUGGACAAUAAAAUACGAGUUUCCACAGAAGAUGGUGACUUUCUUACUCAACAUGCUACCAGAUCAAGAUUAUAAGAUUGCUUUUACAAAAACAUUUGUCCAGCAUUAUGCUUUUAUUAUGAAAACACUGAAGAAAAGCCAUGAAUCAGACACCAUGUCUAAUAGAAUUGUGCAUAUCAGUGUUCAGUUGUUCAGCAAUGAAGAACUAGCACGCCAAGUAACAGAAGAAUGCCAACUGCUGGAUAUUAUGGUCACUGUUCUGUUGUACAUGAUGGAAAGUUGCCUUAUUAAAAGUGAAUUGCAAGAUGAAGAGAAUAGUUUACAUGUUGUGGUGAAUUGUGGGGAAGCACUACUGAAGAAUAAUACUUACUGGCCCCUGGUUAGUGAUUUUAUAAACAUACUUUCACACCAAAGUGUGGCAAAGAAAUUUUUGGAAGAUCAUGGUCUUUUGGUAACAUGGAUGAAUUUUGUAUCAUUUUUUCAAGGUAUGAAUUUAAAUAAACGGGAGUUAAAUGAGCAUGUGGAGUUUGAAUCGCAGACAUACUAUGCUGCCUUUGCUGCUGAGCUGGAAGCCUGUGCCCAGCCAAUGUGGGGUCUGCUGUCACACUGCAAAGUUAGGGAAACACAAGAAUACACGCGCAAUGUUGUCAGAUAUUGCCUUGAAGCACUUCAAGACUGGUUUGAUGCUAUCAACUUUGUAGAUGAGCCAGCACCUAACCAAGUUACUUUUCAUUUGCCACUGCACCGUUACUUUGCCAUGUUUUUAAGUAAGGCUGUUAAAUGCCAAGAACUAGAUCUGGAUACUAUCCUCCCAGAUCAGGAGAUGCUGAUGAAACUCAUGAUUCACCCACUUCAGAUUCAGGCAAGUCUUUCUGAAAUUCACAGCAAUAUGUGGGUUAGAAAUGGUCUACAAAUUAAAGGACAGGCCAUGACUUACGUGCAGUCUCAUUUCUGCAAUUCAAUGAUUGAUCCUGACAUUUAUCUGCUGCAAGUCUGUGCCUCUAGACUGGACCCAGAUUAUUUUAUUUCAUCUGUUUUUGAAAGAUUUAAGGUGGUAGAUCUGUUAACGAUGGCUUCACAGCAUCAAAAUACAGUUCUUGACUCAGAGCAUGAAAGGUCCAUGCUGGAAGGAGCCUUAACAUUUUUGGUCCUUUUGUUAAGUCUUCGUUUACACUUAGGAAUGACAGAUGACGAGAUCCUCAGAGCAGAGAUGGUUGCCCAACUGUGUAUGAAUGACAGGACACACAGUUCAUUAUUGGAUCUCAUUCCAGAAAACCCUAAUCCUAAAAGUGGUAUUAUUCCAGGAAGUUUAAGCUUUGAAUCAGUCCUGUCAGCAGUUGCUGACUUUAAAGCCCCUGUUUUUGAACCUGGAGGUUCCAUGCAACAAGGAAUGUACACACCUAAAGCUGAAGUUUGGGAUAAGGAAUUUGACCCUGUCAUGGUAAUACUUCGAACAGUUUACCGCAGAGAUGUGCAGUCUGCAAUGGACAGAUACACAGCAUUCUUAAAGCAAAGUGGCAAAUUCCCUGGAAACCCAUGGCCUCCUUACAAGAAGAGAACACCACUACACCCAAGUUACAGAGGUCUUAUAAAGCUUUUGCACUGUAAAACUCUGCACAUUGUGCUCUUCACACUUCUUUACAAGAUAUUAAUGGAUCAUCAGAAUUUAUCAGAGCAUGUGCUUUGCAUGGUUUUAUAUUUGAUUGAGCUGGGGUUGGAAAAUUCUCCUGAACAAGAAUCUGAUGAAGAGGAGUCUGCAGGUGGACAAGAGCGUUGCCACGAUAGUUGGUUUCCAGGCAGUAAUUUGGUUUCUAACAUGCGUCACUUCAUUAACUACGUCCGAGUAAGAGUACCAGAAACUGCUCCUGAGGUGAAGAGAGAGCCACCUGCAAGUACAAGUUCUGAUGGUUUAGCUUCAUCACAAAGUUCAAGGCGGAAGAGCCUCCAGAGAGAGAACUCAGGGACAGCUCAAGUGUUCAGUUUGGUCGCAGAGCGCAGGAAGAAAUUUCAGGAGAUCAUCAAUCGGAACACCAGCGAGGCAAAUCAGGUGGUUCGGCCCAAAACGUCGAUGAAAUGGUCAGCACCUGGUGCAACCCCACAGUUAACCACAGCCAUUCUAGAAGUCAAGGAAAGCAUACUGUCUUUGCUGAUUAAAUUGCAUCACAAACUCUCAGGAAAACAGAACUCUUACUAUCCCCCAUGGCUGGAUGAUGUGGAUGUUUUAAUCCACCCAGAAAUUCCGAGAUACUCUCACGGAGAUGGAAUGACGGCAGUAGAAAGGAUUUUACUGAAAGCUGCUGUACAGAGCAGAUUGAAUAAACGAAUCAUUGAAGAGAUAUGCAGGAAGGUGACACCUCCUGUGCCACCAAAAAAGAUCAGUUCUGCAGAGAAGAAAACUUUGGAUAAAGAAGAAAGACGACAGAAGGCUAGAGAAAGGCAACAGAAACUGUUGGCUGAAUUUGCCUCGAGGCAGAAAAGCUUCAUGGAGACUGCCAUGGAUGUUGAAUCACCAGAUGCUGACAUUGCCAUGGAGGUGGCUACAUCGGAACAGCAUGUUUCUGAGGCAAUAUAUGACUGUGUUAUUUGUGGGCAAAGUGGCCCUUCUACUGAAGACAGACCUACAGGGCUAGUUGUACUAUUACAGGCAUCCUCAGUGUUGGGGCAGUGCCGCAAUAGCAGCGAGCCCAGGAGACUGCCCACGACUGAAGAGGAGCAGAUCUAUCCCUGGGAUACCUGCGCGGCGCUGCACGACGUCCGCUUGACAACGCUGCAGCGCUACUUCAAAGAUAGUUCCUGCCUACAAGCAGUGUCAAUAGGCUGGGAAGGAGGUGUUUAUGUACAAACUUGUGGUCACACUUUGCACAUAGAUUGUCACAAAUCUUACAUGGAAUCCUUACGGAAUGACCAAGUCCUCCAGGGUUUUUCAGUGGACAAAGGAGAAUUUACCUGUCCCCUGUGUAGGCAGUUUGCCAACAGCGUUCUUCCUUGUUAUCCUGGAAACAACAUGGAAAGAAGCGUUUGGCAAAGUCACAGUAACAAGUGUAUGCAAGAUCUUGUGCAAGAGGUGGAAGACCUUCAAGAACAGCUGGGAACUUUCCCAGUAAGCAUCAGUUCUGAAACCAACCUCAGUAAAGAAAUGGAAUCUGUAAUGAAAGAUAUAAAAAGUACCACACAGAAGAAGUACACAGAUUAUAGUAAGACUCCUGGAUCACCUGACAAUGAUUUCCUGUUUAUGUAUUCUGUAGCCAGAACAAACUUGGAACUUGAGCUGGUCCACCGAGGAGGAAAUUUGUGUUCAGGAGGUGCAAGCACAGCUGGGAAAAGAUCAUGUUUAAAUCAGCUGUUUCACGUGCUGGCCAUGCACAUGCGCCUCUACAGUAUAGACUCUGCCUACAAUCCCUGGAGGAAACUAACCCAGCCCUCCCAGGAGAAAAACUCAGAGCUGGUAAGUGAAGAACUGCCAGAAGUUCCUGUGCUUUACAGAGAUGUCUCAUCCCUUUUGCUUAUCCAGAUUUUAACCAUGCCUCAGCCAUUGCACAGAGAACACUUCACCUGCAUUAUAAAAGUGCUGUUCACUUUAUUGUAUACUCAAGCCUUGGCAGCACUUUCUGUUAAAUGCAGUGCUGAAGAUAGGAUGGCAUGGAAAGAGUCAGGAGCUCUCAAAAAGAAUACAUCCAGUGGAGAAAAAUCUUGGGAAGUAUUGCUGGGUCAUGUGAUUAGUGAACUGUCUAAGGGGAAGAUAUAUGAAGAAGAAGAGACUGAAGAAUUACCAGUGGUGAAUCUGGAUUCUGUGGAAUGCUACCUGCAGCAGUUCUGCCUGCCUUUCCUCAGGAUCACAAGCCUUCUUCAACACCAUCUCUUUGGAGGGGAUCUGCCUAGUUGUCAGGAAGAUGAAGAAUUCACGGUUCUUGCAAGCUGCCUGGGUCUAUUACCAUCUUUUCAGUCAGCUCAUCAGUUCACCAGUGCCUCUUGUCUUGAUUGGCCAGUGCCAGCAUUUGACAUGAUAUCACAGUGGUGCUCAGAACUGACUUCAUUUGCCCGUAGACAUCCAGAUCAAGUAAAGGCUUUGCUUAUUCAGGAACCUAAGUGGGACUUGCCACGCCUCCUUCAGUUGCCUGAGAAUUACAAUACCAUUUUUCAGUAUUAUCACAGAAAAACUUGUUCCGUUUGUACCAAGGUUCCUAAAGAUCCUGCUGUUUGCUUAGUUUGUGGUACUUUUGUAUGCUUGAAAGGACUGUGCUGUAAACAACAGAGCUACUGUGAAUGUGUACUGCAUUCUCAAAACUGUGGAGCUGGGACAGGAAUAUUCCUUUUGAUUAAUGCAUCUGUAAUCAUCAUCAUACGAGGCCAUCGUUUCUGCCUUUGGGGUUCUGUUUAUCUCGAUGCACAUGGUGAAGAAGACAGAGAUCUUAGGCGUGGUAAACCCCUAUACAUAUGCAAGGAAAGAUACAAAGUGCUUGAACAGCAGUGGGUGUCUCAUACUUUUGAUCAUAUCAAUAAAAGAUGGGGGCCACAUUAUAAUGGCUUGUAAAUCAUCGUCAUCAUCAUCUACUCACCAUAUAACUGCUGUUACCAUGAAUGAAUGCAUCUUGACUGACAAUAGCUUUAACUGAAUGGAAAUUUGGCUCCUUGGCUCGGGGUGGAAGCGGGUAUGGGCAUAAAAGGGAAAUGGAACUUUGUCAACAUGUGGAAUCUGUGCAAAAUGAGCUGUUGUUGCUACAAAAGAAUGAUACAAUAAUUCAAAUUAAAUCCUCAAAAUGGUGUGAGCAA